CGCAGGGGCGCAGAAGUGGACGUUACGCCGGCAAGAUGGCGAAGGUCUCGGACUUGUACGAUGUGACCUGGGAAGAGAUGCGUGAUAAAAUGAGGAAGUGGAGGGAAGAAAACUAUCGGAACAGCGAGCAGAUAGUGGAAGUUGGAGAAGAGUUAAUUAACGAAUAUGCAUCUAAGCUUGGGGAUGACAUAUGGAUAAUAUAUGAACAGGUGAUGCUUGCUGCCCUGGACUGCAGUCGGGAUGACUUGGCAUCGUUUUGUCUUCAGGAGCUAAGGCGACAAUUCCCUGGGAGCCACAGAGUUAAGCGAUUAACUGGCAUGAGAUUUGAAUACAUGGAAAGGUACGAUGACGCCAUCCAGCUAUAUGACAGAAUUUUACAAGAAGAUUCAACCAAUACAGCAACAAGAAAGCGUAAGAUUGCCAUUCGAAAAGCCCAAGGGAAAAAUGUUGAGGCCAUCCGAGAGCUGAAUGAAUAUCUGGAACAAUUUGUUGGGGACCAAGAAGCUUGGCAUGAACUUGCAGAACUUUACAUCAAUGAGCAUGACUAUGCAAAGGCGGCCUUCUGUUUGGAGGAGCUUAUGAUGACUAAUCCACACAACCACUUAUAUUGUCAGCAAUUUGCUGAAGUUAAAUAUACCCAAGGCGGGCUUGAAAACCUUGAGCUAUCAAGAAAAUAUUUUGCACAAGCAUUGAAACUGAACAACAGAAACAUGAGAGCUUUAUUUGGACUAUACAUGUCUGCCAGCCAUAUUGCUUCCAAUCCUAAAGCAAGUGCAAAAAUGAAAAAGGACAAUAUGAAGUAUGCCAGUUGGGCAGCUAACCAAAUCAAUAGAGCUUACCAGUUUGCAGGUCGCAGUAAGAAAGAGACCAAGUACUCUCUCAAGGCAGUGGAAGACAUGUUGGAAGCCCUGCAAAUCACUCAAUCUUAGGCCGUCACAAAAAGAUCUAAUGUUAGAUUUUACAACUCCAUGUUCAACCUUUAAUGAUCUAUGAGUUAUGUUACUUUAAAUGCCUAAUUCCAUUGUUAGUUAAUGUGCUAUCUUAAAGGAUGUUUUUAUGAACAUUUAAAAUGUCUAUUUAUUGCUGCUGUGAAGAAGACACAAUGAAACUCACUGAAAUGUAUAACUUAUCCCAGGAAGAUAACAAAGAAAUUAAACGUAUUGCACAUCAGUCUCUUUAGAUCCUGUAUGUACAGUGACUGCUUUUUAAGCCAUAACCUGAUGUAGAAAUAAACUUGUUAAAUGAUCAAGUACAAUUAUGUAUUGGGCCUGCAGACUUAUACAUAUAGAUGAAUACCAUAUGUUAGAUAAAAUUAUCUUAAUUGAAUACUUGAGUUAAAAUGUGGUAAAAGGUAAACAAUUACUGAGCAGUAUUCAUUAUACAAACAUGAAUCAUUACUGUACCUGUGCACAGUUUAUUCAAGAAUAAAUUUGAUAUUAAAGUUUUUAA